AUGCCGUCGAUAGCUGCUUUGUCGCCAACAACGACAUCGACAUCGACAUCGACAUCGGCCAACUCGACGUCACCCGCGCGCAGCACCAGCCGCCAUGGCCUCUUCUUCGCCCUCCUCGGCGCCUUUGCCCUCUUGACACAGCCAGUCCUCGCGGUCACCGCACAACCACGAUCGCAACCACACAAUGAGGCGCCGGCGUCGCCACUGCUGCUGCACAGGCAGACCCCCGAGCUCGUAGACCAGCAGUCCGACCUCGCCAUCUUCAACUACAGCUCCAACUACAACUAUGCCGGCUGCUACAACGACACCAACAUGCUCAACGGAAGCACCGGUGCCCACGCGCUAGACAUAGUCAUUUUGGGCACCGGGUUCCUCACGGCGCCCAUGUGUCUCGAGUGGUGUGCGCACAACGGCACUGCGCUCCUGGGCAGACCGUACAAGUUCGCCGGGCUCGAGUACAGCCGGGAAUGCUACUGCGGCGAUAACCUAAACUCGCUCGUCCGGAAGCUCGACGACAGCGCGUGCAACACCUACUGCGACGGCGACAACACGACCGCCUGUGGCGGCGCGAACAAGCUCUCCCUGUACAACAUUACUGCCUCUGCGCUGCACAGCGGCGCGGGGCCGAGGAUAUACUUCCCCGGAGGAGGGCAGGCGGGAGCUGUGUUGGUGGUCGCGGGCGGGCUUGCCGCGCUGUUUGGCGUCUUGUGA